AUGUCCGCCCUCUGCGUCGCCUCCCUUCGCUUCGCGCCCGUCGCGGCCGCGUCCGCGCCGAAAAACAGCGCCGUUCGCAAGGCGACCGCCGCGGUCGGGCCGUCGCGAAACGCCGCGCCGAUCGCGCGACUCGCGCUCGCGUCGUCGUCCUCGCUCGCGGUCGCCCCCGCGGCGUUCGCCGCGACCGAGCACGGCAACGCGAUCCUCCAGCUCGCGGACAGCCUCGAGGACACGAUCCCGACGAUCGCGAUUUACGCCUCGCUGGCUGCCGUCCUGUGGGGCUCGCGCGGCGCCAUCUCGGGCCUGCUCGCGCUCGCGGGCGGCGAGGAGGCCACCGCCAGCCACAUCCUCGUGAAGGAUCGCUCGCUCGCCGUCUCCCUCCUCGAGAGGCUGAACGACGGCCCUCAGGAUAACAUCGAAGACAGAUUCGCGCGGGAAGCGGGGAAGUACAGCGAGUGCCCGUCUAAGUCCAAGGGCGGCUCGUUGGGGACGUUCAAGCCCGGGCAGAUGGUGAAGGAGUUCAACGACGCCGUCUUCGACGGGCCGGUGAUGGAGAUUCAAGGGCCGGUGCAGACGCAGUUCGGGUACCACCUCAUCCUGGUCACCGACCGCGUCGAGAAGGAGGCGAAGUGAGCGCGCGUUCGAUAGUCAUAGCGAGCGAGCGACGGCGUGUUUAUCGGUGGGUGGUAAUGAAACGUGUGAACUAGAG